CUUCAUGCGAUAUCCGCUGACUGGCUGUGUUCCUUUGGACUUGACCUUCUUGCACCUUCUUGUCAGAUCUUAGUAGUUAGUACUUCUUAUGGUGGUCCCGUGUUAAUUCAAUAGCAACAUUGCCUCCUCAACGAAAAGGACAGAUUAGAAGAUGGCUGUGGCUGCCAGGUCGUUAGCAAAAUUCACAGUGAGAAACUGUGGAAAUUUAUUACGGCCUCAAGUGAGAUUUAACUACACAGAAACUAGGAAGAAUUUAAAAAUUGAUGCAAAUACCAAAGUGAUAUGCCAAGGUUUUACUGGAAAGCAAGGAACUUUUCAUUGUCAACAGGCUCUUGAUUAUGGUACAAAGAUAGUAGGUGGAGUUAGCCCUAAGAAGGCAGGUACAGAACAUCUUGGAAAGCCUGUAUACAAGACAGUUAAAGAAGCAAAAGAAGCAACCGGAGCUACUGCAUCAGUCAUUUAUGUUCCUCCCCCAUCAGCAGCAGCAGCCAUUAUGGAAGCGAUGGACGCUGAAAUGCCAUUAAUAGUUUGCAUUACAGAGGGUAUUCCUCAACAUGAUAUGGUGAAAGUGAAGAGGCGAUUACUCGAACAAAAUAAGUCCCGUCUAAUUGGCCCAAAUUGCCCUGGAAUAAUAGCACCCGAACAGUGUAAAAUUGGUAUUAUGCCCGGCCAUAUACAUCAUAAAGGAAAGAUUGGUAUUGUGUCAAGGUCAGGAACUCUAACUUAUGAGGCUGUGAAUCAAACGACCCUUGCUGGAUUGGGACAAACAUUAUGCGUUGGUAUUGGUGGUGAUCCAUUCAACGGUACUGAUUUCAUUGAUUGUUUGGAUGUAUUUCUUACUGAUCCAGAUUGCGAUGGUAUUAUAAUGAUCGGAGAGAUUGGUGGCAGUGCAGAAGAGUUAGCAGCAGAAUAUCUCAUCGAGAAAAAUACUGGUGGAAAAGCUAAGCCAGUAGUAUCCUUUAUUGCUGGUAUUACUGCGCCACCUGGACGAAGAAUGGGUCAUGCUGGUGCCAUAAUUUCAGGAGGAAGAGGUGGUGCACAAGAUAAAAUUAAUGCACUCGAAAAAGCUGGUGUAAUAGUAACGAGGAGUCCUGCACAAAUGGGUAAUGAACUUCUGAAGGAAAUGACACGGCUUGGUUUAGUCUGUAAUUAAAACGCACUACUAUAAUUCUGUGUAGUUUUCUUCAUGUCUACCUGUAUCUUCAUGUGAAAAAUAAAUUGAAAGUAUGUCAUAAAGCAAUAACACACAGAACAUAGUAGUGUUAUAUCGAAAUGGAAUUUAUUUCAUUUAUUAAUAAUAUAUCAAUUGUUCUUAUCGCUCCAUAGAACAGCGCUAUUAUUUGCUAAAGAUUAUAGUUGAUACAUGAAGAUAUAAUUGAUAUUUUUUUUUGAAGAACUGAAUUUGUUUAACAGCAAACGCCAUUUAUAAUACUUUUACAGAAUUAACUGUUGCGUUGACAGUGACAGAUAUCCACAAUUAUAAUUUAUAAAUUAUCUAACGAAACGUUAACUGCCAUUGAUCUGUCACGGUUUUAACUGAUGCAAAGUUAUAAAUUUUUCUAUAAUGUGGAAACAUAGUUUUGAAGAAUGGUUAUUUAAAUAUUCUAUUGUAAUUAUAUCAAGCAUAAUAUAUUACAGUAAUGAACUUAAAUUCUAUGGAAUAUGUAUUCUUACUGUAAACAUGUUAAAAAUUUAAAUAUAUAUAUAAAUAUU